GCCCACUACUCGAGCAGCUACGAUGCACCGCGCUUUGCACCCUGCCAGGUCUACCCUGCGACGAGCGACUUGCGCCGCCCCCUCUCGUCUUGUCGUCGCCUCGCCUCCAACCUCAUCUCUCCUCGCCCCGACCUUCCACCUCGUCGAACCAGCACGCGCACCUGCGCUGUCUCCUGCACCUUGCCGAUGCUUUUCGACUACUCGUCCAAUCGGCCAGGAACCCGCGGCACAGUACACGAUCGGCGACCUCACCGAGCGCCAGUACCACGACCUGUCGAACAAGACGAUGGACAGCCUCACCGAGUACCUCGAGGAGAAGCUCGAGGACCUCGACCUGCCCGGCCUCGACGUCGAGUACUCGUCGGGCGUGUUGACCCUCAAGCUCGGCGACAAGGGCACGUACGUCAUCAACAAACAGCCGCCCAACAAGCAGAUCUGGCUCUCGAGCCCCGUCAGCGGGCCCAAGCGGUACGACUACGACUCGGCCCAGCGCGUGUGGUUCUACGCGCGCGACGGCACGACGAUGCACGACCUGCUCAACACCGAGCUGCGCGACAAGCUCGGCGACGAGGCGAUCGAGGUGGACUUGGCGAGGGACGAGUAACUCGACGUUGGUCAUUCCUCUCUC